AUGUUCAAGUUGCAAAUGCCCGAAGACGAAGCAAAGGAACAAAGAGAAAAGAGAAAUAGAAACGAGAGACGAUACGCGGAGGAACAGCUGCCCGACACGGAGAACUCAAACUCUUUCCAAUCCCCCUUUCUCUUGAGCUCCCGUGAAGAGCAGGACUUAACGUUGAGCAUAAAAGGCUCCGUGGAGUCUGGAGUUAGAGCUGGAGCUACGGAUAUUGGUGGAGAUAGCUGCUGGCGGCUCAGUUUGGUUUCCCAGCAGCCUUCCAGAGUUGGGAUAGGCUACACUCAGAUGUGGUAUGAAAGUGUUCUGCAUGAUAUAGAUCUUCACCCCUCGGCACGGCUCAGAGAUGACGGAGCGGGUGGAAUUGAGUUCAACAUGAAUGCAACAUCCCCUGACGAUCGCAUUUUUGACCCUGGUCCCGUUCGCUCGUUCAGGUGGUGGGAUGGGCGGAGUAAACAGCAGGACGACACCACCCGGAGUUCUACAGGAUAGGCCUCAUGUUAGUUACUUCGGCCGGAAAAACAUUCGGCGUCAGCUCUAGCAUCGGUGAGAGAAACAAUCCGAUGAAGGGGACACGGAGUUACGCAGCGUAUAAAAGAUCUCAUACUGAUACUGAUACUGAUGAUGAUGAUGAUGAUUGUCCAAUAUUUCUCAAGGCUGUAUCUACCUUUGCGUACCCUUAACUCCAACCCAAUACCAACCUCUCGCGUUGAGUGCGAUGAUGCCUAGAAUAAUCAUAGGGUUGGAAGCAGGAGCGCCAGGCGCUUGACCAGGUUUCGCUGCCGGUAGUCUCCACACAAAUUGCGAUUUUGCGAUUUUGCGAUUUCGCUCAGACGAACCGGUUAUAUUUGUAUGACUGUUACGAACCGUCGUCGACCGUUCAAACUCAGCCGUUUCUCAAUCCUGAAUGGGCAUCAUGCAUCGGAGACAUUAGCAGGAAAUGGAGCUCAUCUUCGGCGCCCUUCACAACACCCCUUCAGAGGCUCUCUAAUGCGCCAUUGGUAGCUAGUCACGACUAAGGAAAUCCGUCGCAUGGCAGUUGUCGAUCCUAACUUCGGACUCGACGGAGAAAAUGUCCCCGCCAAGUGCGUUCUGCGGAGUGUUGGAGGUAUGGUUGUCAGUCUGUAGGUUUCGCAGCGAUGUUCAGGAAGUCUUCUAGAAUGCUGAGGAUCGAGUUGGGCCCAAUAACAGCAAGGCAAUACCCAAGAAAAAAAACCAAGAGGGAGCCUUUUCUGCCUUUGAAACAAUAGUCGAAUCGCAAUUAUUCGUUCUGUUCUGCCACGCGAAACUUUUGGCUCCACUAUGCCUAUCUGACGAACUGUUAUUUUGGUAAAAUGCCUGCCAGGGCUGCUAGGGAUUUCCCGCUUGGGCGUUGAGGUCUGGUCGGAACCUUAAAAAAGAGCUUGCAUGCCGAUCAUCUGCCAGGUAUCAAAACUAAGCUGCACAAUAUCCAUGGAGUAAGCGCUAAAUGCUCCAGCACGGUGGGUGGGAUUAGCACAAUAACAAGGUACCACGGCCCCAGCCAGUCACUUUGCAUGAUCAUAAGUUAGUUCAAACUCUCAUGUUCAUACUUGCCUCCGGAGUUGGGGGAGCUUCGGCUCGGGUAAAGGCUGAAUAUGCUAGGAUUGCGGCUGGAAAAUGCUUUGAAUUUUCCCGUAUACUGCGCAAACUUCAAUUUUACUAGUUAGAGUAUAUAACUAUAUGUCAUAGGGAGUAUGAGAGGAGGCGAUAAUUGAUUAUUGUCGCGAGACCGUAUUUUAGCUGUGGUGAGAGUACACAAUGGUCCGUUGACCAUGAUUCCAAAAUGGGACAAAUGCUUAAUUUCGUCUCGUCCAACCUGCCUCGGAGGCUCCGAACGAGCAACCCCAAGCCGUGUGCCGUGUGGGAGGGAAUAGUGGAAACGGAGGCUCCACUUAGAGCCAUGUUCCCCUUUGUUGGUAGCGUUUAAAUGUGAUUACGCAGGAUGCUUAUGUGUAUUUUUUUUGAAGUGGUUGAGCCAGGAUAUUCUGCAGGAAUGAAAGCCCCCUUUUCUGUGCCGCCAAUAAUAUUACUCUCAACUGAAAAGCCUAGCAAAUCAUACAAAUAGGGAAAAUGGGGAAGAUUGAGAGAGAAACGAAAGAACAAUGGGUCUUGCCCACUGUAUGACUCUAGCGAGCGUAAAUUUAGUAUCAGGGAUCUUAAGAUCAAUAAGCAGAUGAGAA